UUCACCUCGACCCUCAACACGACCAAACAGCUCGUGAUUUGCCGUCAGUGGUCACUUGGCAAUAAGACCCGUGAUUUGUAUCCAGAUUUAAGCAUCAGUCACGUGAAGUGGACUGCGUCAAGGCGAGCGGUCGUCGACACUCGAGCCCAAGCGCAAGCUUCCACCAUGCAGCCCGUUGCAACCACCAAGGGCAAGCUGACACAGCUGAGAUAUGAGCUCCCACAGCGCGUUCACGAAGCUGCGAUCUACCCCGUCAAAGCUCCCAAUGGCUCGACCAUCCUGCUCUACGCGCACGACACCGGCAUUAGCAUCAUUUGGAGGGGAGGACGACCGCUGAAGAAUCCCGGGCCAGCACCCAAGCAGGCACAGAAGCCACAGAAGGUCAAUGGCGCCAGCAACGAUGCCAUUAUGAUCAUCGACUCGGACGAGGACGAGCCAGCCCCGGCGCAGUCGAUGCCGCAAGCCGAGUUUGAGGAUGAAGAGGAAGAGCUUGAUCCAGAUCAGCCCUACCCGUCCAUUGUACAGCAGAUCCGACUCUCCUUCAACACUAGUGUCCUGCACAUCGCCGUCCCAGGAGUUCCCACUGCCUCCGCUCUGCGGGCUGCAGACACAAUACCAGCCAUCUUUGGCAAGAAGCUAAUCUUCACCGCCACCUGCGCCGAUGCCACUAUACGCAUCGUCACUCUGCCGCUGUCGCCUCCACCACACUCGGCGAAGGCGAAGCCACUGAGCGCAAAGUCGCAGUAUGGCGAAGAGGUGGUCAAGUUCCAUGGGCACCAGAGCAUUGCACGAGGCGUUUCCAUGACGUGGACGUCAAGAGGAGAGCCGAGCGCAGAGAACGAAUCCGACGAUGACAUGGACGUGGACGGCGAGGGCACUGCGGGCAGAACUCCAGGGCGGGCGCGCAGAAAGCAACAGGGCCGAUCCCACUCACGACCCGCCACUGCACCUGGUUUCGACAUUUUGGUGGCUACUCAUUCGGCCGAGCUUGGAGGGCUGUUCAAAAUCUGGCGCUUCGAGCUCACCGAAACCUCUGUCAACGGCGCGCACCCCAUCGCGCCUUACAAAUCCGUCACACUGCGCAAGCCUGCCUCCAGCAUUGCUUUCAACACGGCGCAGUACCCCAAGCGCCGCCACUCCCAGCUCCUCAUUACCGACCUCACAGGCACUGCGCGGGUCUACGACGCAUUCGCGGCCACAAGCCGUAAGCGCAGCGCGAGCGGGCAGGCAGAGCGUGGAGCCUUUGUCACCAUGUUCAAGUCUUCGUUUGAAGGCGUGAAGAGCAGUUCGCUCACACCGCCUAUCCUCGCGACGCGGAAAGCGAUCGUGGAUGCAGCGUGGGCGUCUGAUGGCCGGCAUAUUCUGGCGCUGCUGGCAGAUGGAGAGUGGGGAGUGUGGGACUGCGAUCGCUCCGGACCCAGCUCGCCCACGGACCCUGCAGCGUUUUCUCUGCGCGGGUUCGUCGGUUCAAGCGAGAGGGAAAGCAGCAGCAGCGGCCCGUCCAGCCCCAAGCGCGGCAGCCGGAGCUCACUUGCGCCAAUGACACCCAACACCCGUCGCAGGAAGGAAGACGAUCUCUUCCACGGCAGCUCAUCUGGCAGUGCAGUGCCGAUACGUGGCGGUGUAUCCGUUGCCUCAAGCUCCUCGCCGAACGGCACAGCGUGUGAAGACUCCGUCGUCAUCUGGUACGGCUCGGAAGUAUACAGGAUCGCGGACCUCACCAAGUUCUGGACACGGAACGCUUCUGCUGGCCGCGGCCAGUCUCUGCCAGGCCCUGGCUUGACACAGAUCCACGACCUCCCGCUGCUGGGCGAGGCCAUCACAUCGAUACAGCAAUUCGACACAACCACGGCUGCAUCCCGCAUGGCCAUUGGCAGAGACGUGCUGAUUGCAGCGGAGCAUCGCCUCAUCAUCUCGGCGAGCACGAACCAAAGCGUGGAGCGCGAUCUGUUUGCGGCGACGCCAGCCGAGGAAGAAGACAGCAGACGAGCAGACCAGGCGCUGCUGACCCGCGGCGAGCUCGACCUCGGCGGCAUGGGCCGGCUGCUCGAGGGCAUGGAGAGCAGCGGCAGCGGGCUGAAGAGUCUGACCAUGGGCAACGCGCGGAGAGUGCUGUUCGCGUCGUCGGCUGCGUAGACGCUGCAAGACUAAUGAUAUCCCCGUUCCCCGU